CUGAGUUCUACUUUCUUCUUUUAAAUUCUUUCUUAAAGAAAAUAAUUCAGAGUGUGGGCUCCAGUCUCCCUUUACGUAGCUGCAGUUAAAAGUAUCACAGCAUAUUUCUAUGAAUUCAUUAAAAAUCUUCUUUCAUCAAGCUUGCAGGAAGUUUGCUCAUCAAAGAAUCUGAUGUCAGGGAGGUUUCAUUCGUGGCCAGAGACAUUGGGCUUAUAAACAGACACGGUGCUGCACUGAACUUCUGUGCAGGCAAAAGAACAUGAAGCUCUUAUAACUAUCAAAACAUCAGCAAAGAGAAAAACUAAGAAGAAAGCAAAGGCACAGCAUUUUCCUAAAAUGGCCUUUCGUGUCAAAAUCUGUGAAAAGCAUUGGGUUCAGAAGGGUGUUUCUCACGCUUGGCUUUUAGUUGUGAUAUACGAACUUGUAAGUUGGGAAGGAGUCCAGACGUGGAAUUAUGAAUACUCACCAACAAAUAUGACAUGGCCAGAUGCCAGAGAGUACUGCCAAAAGUCCUUCACUGACCUGGUUGCAAUUCAAAACCAAGAGGAAAAUGAUCAUUUGAAUAGGAUAUUACCAAAAAAUCCAACUUACUACUGGAUUGGAAUAAGGAAGAUUGAUGGUGUUUGGACCUGGGUUGGAACAAAUAAAUCAUUGGAUAAAGAAGCAGAAAACUGGGCGGUAGGCGAACCAACUCCUGGGGCAGAAGAUUGUGUAGAAAUUUAUAUAAAGAGAGAAAUAGACGCAGGAAAAUGGAACAAUGAUCCCUGUACAGAAAGAGAGAAACGAGCUUUAUGCUACUUAGCUUCAUGCAAACCUACUUCGUGCAGUGGUAACGGAGAAUGUGUGGAAACUAUAGGAAGUUAUACGUGCCGGUGCAGUGAAGGGUUCUAUGGGUCAGGGUGUGAAAAUGCUGUGAAGUGUGAUGUUCCAAAGCUUCCUGCGAAUGGCUAUCAGAACUGUUCCCAUUCAGGUGGAAACUUCACUUUCCGCUCAGUUUGUGAUUACAGCUGUGCAGAAGGCUUCUCAUUGAAUGGGUCGGAGAGUCUGCAGUGUAACAGCUCUGGAACGUGGUCGUCACCCAUACCAACUUGUGAAGCUGUGAAGUGUGAUGUUCCAAAGCUUCCUGCAAAUGGCUAUCAGAACUGUUCGCAUACAGGUGGAAACUUCACUUUCCGCUCAGUUUGUGAUUACAGCUGUGCAGAAGGCUUCUCAUUGAAUGGGUCAGAGAGUCUGCAGUGUAACAGCUCUGGAAGGUGGUCGUCACCCAUACCAAUUUGUGAAGCUGUGAAGUGUGAUGUUCCAAAGCUUCCUGCAAAUGGCUAUCAGAACUGUUCGCAUACAGGUGGAAACUUCACUUUCCGCUCAGUUUGUGAUUACAGCUGUGCAGAAGGCUUCUCAUUGAAUGGGUCAGAGAGUCUGCAGUGUAACAGCUCUGGAAGGUGGUCGUCACCCAUACCAACUUGUGAAGGUCCCCAGCAAACUCAAUAUGAAACCAAGGUGGCCAUCGGCACUGGUAGUGCUUCAGCAUUUUUAUUUUUGCUGCCUUUUGUUGGGUAUUUGAUCAGACAGUAUCGAAAGAAAGCAAUGAAUGAACGUUUGUCACUGUAAGGUAAUGAAUCGUCUGUAUAUCUCCACUUAAAAAGCCUGAUCACAAAGAAAGCAGACAAGGCUCAACCAGACAAAAAGUGGAAAGCUUGAGAUGUUUCUUCUUCACAAACAGUCUGAGGCUUCUUGCUACAAUGAUUGCCUGAAUAAAACAAAUGGAUUAAGUAUUAAAAUACCAAAUAAUGUUAUCAUUUAAAGCUAUGAACAAAGAUUAUGUUUAAGUCUGAAGUUGCAACAUUCAAAGUUUCCAAUGGUAGUUGGAAGGAGACACCAAUGUUUAUAUCUCCUGCUCUUAAUUAUUAAGAAUCAGUCUUGUAGAUGCUAUUUUAAAUGCAUAAAAUAUUGGUACAAUUAAUUUCCUUGUUUUAUUAAUUUGCUUUCUUGGUUGAUGUGUAAAAAUGAAACUGCGUUUGUACACCUAAAAUAUUAACUUCCAUUUAUAUAAUGCCUCAAAUGUAGUAAAUCUUUGAAUCUGGUGAGAAAAAGAUGACAUAAAGAAAAAAUUGUUCUUUUUCCAAGAUGUAUGUCUCAACAGACCACAGCAAAACUCAUUCAUUUCAAAGAGUUUCUCUGUGAUUAAUGUUAAAAUUAAGAAUUCUUUAAUAAUGUUAUUAAUGUGACUGAAUGCUCAAAGAUUGCAGUUUAAAUACACAUACAGCUGAGCAGAGAGAACAAGCUUCAAUUCCUAUUCUGUAAUGGGAUUACUAAUCUCUGCUGAGGUAUGAUGCUGAAAGGUACCUGAACACCAGUAUGCAGGAGAGAAGAAAUAAGCAAAUAUCACCUCCAAUGUAAUAUCUAGUGAUCUCUGGUGAGAAGUGUUUGUGACAGGAUUGGGAGAACACUGACAAGGAAAAAAGGGUAGAAAAAAGAGAGAUAGGCUAGGAAAGGGAA